AAAACAAAAUGGUAAUGAAAAAGUCUCACAAUUUUGACCAUAAAUUCACACGUAUUGCUUCCAAUUGACGAUAAACACAAAUAGACGAUAAACACAGAUAGAUGCCCUAUACACCCUUCCACUAUCCUUGGCGUGCUCUUUGGCCGGUGCUUGUUUGUGCUGCGGUCCAUACAUUGAAAAGGGCUUCGAUGCUUGUACGAUCAUUGUGGCUAUCCGGUUUCCAAACUGAAGAUGGAGUAGAAAUCUUGAAUCAUUGGUAAACCGAGGAUAAGGUAAACUUGCAAAUGACUAUAAGCCGAUCAACUACUUCAUGGACUAAUUUAUCACCGAGUGGAUAGGUCAACUAGAGCAGGAUUCAGAAACUGUUUCGGGAGGUUGAAGUACAAGCAUGCAUCUCCACAAAUUAGAAGCCUAGAGGGUCCCCUACUAAGACAACCUUAUCGAACCAGUUGGAAAAUUUUUAUAAACGCGUUUUGAGGAAUAUAUCUCUUCUGGUUCACAUACUUAUGAAUCCUCUGUGUCUAUAUAUAUAUAUAUAUAUAUAUAUCUAUGUUUAUAUAAACAUCCAACCUUCCAGUAUUCCUUCUAAAAAAUACCCCUCACCCACCCACCCACCCUAUAUUGCUCAAUUAAUAGCCAUAUGGCUAAUCAUCUUUCUUUUUGUUUAUGUCUUAUCUUUCUCACAACAACCCACAUCGUCGCAGCACAAUCUGAGACCUAUAUAAUCCAUAUGGAUUUAUUGGCCAUGCCCAAAGCUUUCACUGAUCAUCAUUCCUGGUAUUUAUCCACUCUAUCUAAUGUUAGACUUGCCACAAAAGCUAACCCCGAAACCCAAUACCCAUCUUCCAAGCUCAUCUAUAGCUACACUCACGCUCUAAAUGGCUUCAGCGCAAGUCUGUUGCCAGAGGAGCUUGAGGCAUUAAAAGCCUCUCCGGGCUACAUUUCUUCGGUGAGGGACAUGCCUGUUAAAUUGGACACCACGCAUUCGCCCAAAUUUCUAGGCCUCAACUCCAACGCCGGCCUAUGGCCAAUUUCAAACUACGGCGAAGAUGUGAUAAUUGGGGUGGUGGACACAGGAAUUUGGCCCGAAAGCCAAAGCUUCAACGACAAUGGAUUCUCUGAGAUCCCAUCAAGAUGGAAAGGUAAGUGCGAGGGCGGUACCCAAUUCAACUCCUCAUUGUGCAACAAGAAGCUCGUUGGGGCCCGCUUCUUUAACAAAGCGCUAAUCGCCAAUCCUAACGUGACCAUCGCAAUAAAUUCCACACGGGACACGGAUGGGCAUGGAACCCACACAUCAUCCACGGCGGCUGGGAAUCACGUGGAUGGCGCAUCCUAUUUUGGUUAUGCCCCAGGGACUGCUACUGGUGUGGCUCCACGGGCACGGGUGGCUAUGUACAAGGCCAUCUGGGAAGAGGGCUCUACCUCUUCCGAUGUUAUCGCUGCCAUCGACCAGGCCAUCGAUGACGGUGUCGAUGUCUUGUCCUUGUCUUUUGGCUUAGAUGAUCUCCCUUUCCAUCAAGACCCCAUUGCUAUUGCCACAUUUGCGGCCUUGUCCAAGAAUGUUUUCGUCUCCGCUUCUGCUGGAAACAGAGGCCCUCUCUUCGGCACCUUGCACAAUGGAACCCCCUGGGUUCUGACCGUCGCCGCCGGCACCGUUGACCGUGAAUUUCAAGGAGUUGUCAAGCUCGAAACCGGAGUUUCGCUCACUGGCUCCUCUCUUUACCCCGGUCGUGAUUCAGCUUCUGCUCAGCUUCCCAUCGUUUUCUUGGAUGCCUGUAACAACUCCAAAAUUUUGAAGCAGGUUGGGAACAAGAUUGUCGUUUGCCAAGACAGAAAUGAUUCCUUAAACGACCAAUUUGAAAAUGUCGGCGACGCUAACGUCGCCGGAGGCAUUUUUAUUACCAACAACACCGACUUGGAAUUGUUUCUCCAGAGCUCGUUUCCGGCUAUUUUUCUAAAUCCCAAGGAUGGUGAGGUCAUUGUAAACUAUAUCAAAAGCAAGCCGGACCCAAAAGCCAGCUUGGCGUUUUCCUUUACAAGUCUUGGUGCAAAGCCAGCGCCACGCGCAACUAGUUACACUUCCCGAGGGCCUUCCCCGAGUUGUCCGGCUGUUUUGAAACCUGACAUUUUGGCUCCUGGAUCAUUAAUCUUGGCUUCUUGGCCGGAAAAUGUUACGGCCGCUGAAGUGAACGGCCGGAAACUAUACAGUAAAUUCAAUAUAUUGUCAGGGACAUCAAUGGCGUGCCCACAUGCAGCAGGAGUGGCAGCACUAUUAAAAAGUGCGCACCCUGAAUGGAGCCCCGCAGCCAUUAGAUCUGCCAUCAUGACCACUUCCGACUCAACCGACAACACUAACAGUCCCAUCAAAGAUAUCGGUUUGGACAACGAUCCGGCUAAUCCUUUAACCAUGGGAGCUGGCCAUGUCAAUCCCAACAAGGCCUUAACCCCAGGACUGGUUUAUGAUGCCGGUAUUGAAGAUUACAUUAAUCUACUUUGUGCAUUGAACUACAGCGAAAAUCAGAUUAAAGUCAUUACGAACUCAUUCCCUUUCAACUGUUCCACUCCAUCGUUAGAUCUUAACUACCCUUCUUUUAUCGCAUUCUUCAAUGCCAAUGACUCCAACCCAAAUGCAAAAACCACGCAAGAAUUCCGAAGGACGGUCACCAACGUAGGAGAGGGAGAAGCAACGUACGUGGCAAGUGUGACACCCUUUAACGAGCUUGUAGUCAGUGUGGCUCCGGACAAGUUGGUUUUCAAAGAGAAGAAUGAGAAACUUAGCUUCAAGCUCAGUAUAGAAGGUCCAAGACUGAUGAAGGAGGUGAUAGCUUUUGGUUUUCUCACUUGGGUGGAUGAGAAAAGUAAGCAGCAAGUUAAAAGCCCCAUACUGGCCACAAACUUCGACUUACAGCCAGUAACGGCUAGCAGUAAUUAAUUAGUUCUUUUCAGUAUCUAGCCAGCAUAUGGUAUGGGGAUCAUUCUCUUAAUUAAAAUAAAGUUGGUGAUGGAGCUGGCGGAAUUAAUCCAGUUUUAAAAAAUAGGUUUUUUUUUUUUUUUUUUUUUUUCAUUGUUAGCUUGUUGAAUAUAUAUAUAUAUAUAUAUGUAUGUAUCAUGCCAUGUCAUUGAAAAUGUUGGAAACUAAAACAAACAAAAAAUGUUUCUUCGA